GCUAAUCAUGGCGUCAAAUCAGCCACCGGCCACAGAUUACGCUCCAACGGAGGAGCGGCCCAAGGGCAUACUGGAGCGGAUGCACAAGUCCCUCCUCCUUCUCGCCAUCCUCGCCGCCAGCGUCACCUACAACGCCGGCCUGAGCCCCCCGGGCGGCGUCUGGGCCGACGACGCCGAUGGCCACCUCGCCGGCGACCCCGUGCUCCAGGCUCACUACGCCGCGCGAUACAACGUGUUCUUCUACUGCAACGCGACGGCGUUCGUGUCGUCGCUGGUGAUCAUCGUGCUGCUACUGAGCAGCACCUUCAGCUUCCAUGGGUACCGCGCGCGCGCGCUGCAGACGGCCAUGGUGCUGGACCUACUGGGACUCUUGGGCGCGUUCACGGCGGGGAGCUGCCGGAAGGUGAGGACCUCAGCGUACGUGGUGGCGCUUGUGGGCGCCAUCGUCGCGUACCUUGUCGCCCACCUGCUGGUGCAGUUCUGGGUCCGGAGAAACCGAUGCCCGUCCCGCUGGCACGAGCUGGUGGACCUGCUGAACCUGCAUCGGCUGAGCCGUUUUUGCUGUUGCUCCGGCGAUGGGCGUUCUGCAACUGAAACCCAGCCUGUUAAUCAGUCUGGUCGAUGAGAAUUUGACAUGCAUCUUGUUCCAUUUGCUUUUUGUGAAAACUGUGCAAAACCAUGAUCGUGUUGAAGUACCAUCCUCCGUAUGUUCUGGCAAGUAAGACUUCAAUGCUAACUUGGUGAAAAGAAUAAGAAACUCGCGGUCUACUAGCUAGAACUAGCAGAAUAACUCGUACAAUUGCAAGGCUAGAUUUUAAAAGAUAGUUUUAUUUGCUACUUAAAUCUGAUAUCUAUGAUCAAAAGUGAAAUGUAUUCGCUGUGAGACUAUGACACCUUCAAUUGCUAUGCACUAUUAUAGUUUGGGUCACCUCGGAAUAGGAUGCACGUACCUUUCUGUUUUCCUCCAAAGCGAUGAGGGAAUUUCUAGGAUUUGAUCAUUUUUGUCACAUUUUUUCAACUUCACAUUUAUUGUGAUGUCCCUUCGAUCCCAUCAAAUGUUUU